AUGAAUACACAAGAUAGCUGGAUAAAGGGUAAAGUUGGUGAAUUAAAAGUUCCAAAUGUUCUCAGCUUGAUUGAUAAACAAAAUGGUUAUCAUGCUUCUGUAGAAGUCAUUAAUCCAACUCGAAACAAUUUGGUCCAUGAUUAUUAUGAUCUACAAAAUGAAGUUGGCUUUAUCGAUUUGGAAGCAGCCAUUCAAAGUAAAAUUUAUCGACGUUAUUAUUAUCAUUCAACAGGGGAAAAGAUUGCCGUUCGAGAAGGUAUAUGUAAAAGGUUGGAAUUAACCCAGAAUGAGAAGAUUGAAUCGAUCAAAGAUUGGUUCCAACCAAAAGAUAUUGUCGCUAGUUCAGAGAUGUUUAGAGAUUUGGUUCAUUUGGGACCAACAGUGUUGAUGAUUUAUGCCAACAAUAUUAGUGAUAAAGCUUCAUUCAUAGGAUCCGAACUGAUUGAAGAUGAUCCCAUUCCUUAUCCAUUGGGUUAUGGAUGUACUCGUAAAGGCACUCUUCCAUCUACUCCAUUACCAAAUUUCAGUCAAGUUAAUAAUUUUAAUUUGGACAUGGAAGCAAUAAUCACCUAUCCACACCAUGACCCUAUCAAAUCAACUGCUCGAGUAAUGAAACGAGGUGAUGUUAUUUCAUACAAAAUCCAAGAAAAUGAUGGUUCUGUUCGUUUCAUUGAAUUGCCUCCUCCUUUAGGACGAUUUCAAGUCGACGAACACACCGGUCAAUGUAGCCAUUCAACAACAGAUUAUCCAUUUGAUGUUACACUAGUAACCCGUUGGCCUUCCGAUAAAAAUCAAGUAUUCAAUCUAUUUUAUUAUCUGCUGAUGAAACCACCUAAAGAUCAAGCACUCACUUUCAUUGGUGAUAUACCUUUAGGACCUUUUCGGGUGGAAGAAUACAAAGCAACUAACUUCUUCAGAAAUGGUAUUGCUGCCAUUGUUGACUAUUAUUAUGCUCAAAAUACAAGUAACUCUGUUCCGAGUAAAGUCAUAUUCACUGAGGAUCCAAGCGAUUAUUAUUCUUAUGAAACUCAAGUUGAAGUAACCAUAAUUAAUUACAAAGAAGUUUACAUUGAUUACGAAGAUCGAUUCGAUGUUUCCGCAAUCAGGCAAUCGACAGAAGAAUACUUGACUUCAUUCAUUCCAGUAACUCGCAUUGGUGAAAUUCAUGCACAACAAGUUGAUUUUAAUGUGUAUGUUACUGUUAAGCUUUAUGAUCGUGUAAAUUUAAUUAAGGGUUAUCUUCUUCACAAUACAUAUAAAAUUAACAAUCCUGCAUAUAUUGUUAAAAGAUUUAAAGUCGAAGACUGUGAACAGCUCUGUAGUGCAACUGAAAAGUGUUUUGAUUUCAGCUAUUGUGACGAUUAUGAUUGUUCAAUAUAUCAAAGUACUCGUGGCUCUCAAUACUCAACUUCAUUCCACUACACAGAAGGAUGUACUUCUUAUUCUCGGUCCAAGUAUCAAUUUGAUCUUAUUCCAUUAGUGAAUAAAAAUUAUCUGUCAACCAUAUCACACGUACUACAACAGAUAAGGAAUAAAGUCUCAUCAGGCAAAUUUCGUUUGCUUGGGCUAUCAGCUGAAGAUCUAUUCAUUGUGAAUGGACCUGAAGAGAUUGGUGACAUUUCCCAAGAAUUACAUAAACGGGGUUCCUUUAAACCUUUAAGAGGUGAAGAUUUUCCGAUCAUUAAAACUGAUCGCCAUUUCAAUGAAGGACAAUUCAAGAUCGAGAAAAGUACUCUAAACGAAUGUUUCAUGGCUUGUUUGAAUGAUGAUGAUUGUAAUACACUUUCAUAUUGUGUUAACCAGAAUAAGGAAUGUAUUCUGAGUGGAGAAACAUCGAGUUCAUUGAAUAACACAUUCGAAGAUAAAACAAGCCAUGCAGAUGGAUGUGACAUAUAUCAAAAAUCAUUUAUAAAUCUAUUCCAUGAGUAUCCUGGAAAAAAUCUAGUUCUGGAUGCCGUCUCAACCAUACCUGAUGUACCAAUUGGUGAUUGCGCUAGCACAUGUGCUCAAUCAGAAUCAUUCAAUUGUGAAUCGUUCGAUUACUGUGAAAACAAUAAUAACCGGAAUCAAUCUAUUUGUCUCUUACAUGUUAAUCACAUUGUGAUAGAUAAAACUCGUGAAAUAAAUAUAACAAACUGGAAGUUUGCUGAAGCUGGAUGUUCCCAUUAUUCAAAAAAGUCUGAACUUGAUUAUGAGCAUAAAGUUGGACUUGCAUUGAAAGAUGAUAUGAAAGAAUCCAUUGUUGGAACCUUUGACCAUCUAUCACUAGAACACUGUGCUUCCAAAUGCAAUUCAGAUCCCAAUUGUUUUACUCUCGAGUUUUGUGAAACAAUUGAUUAUAAUCAAAUUUCGGGUAGAAGCGCUUCAUUGUCGAGUUGUACACUGACCAAUUUAAAACCAAGUAACAUUCAACAUCAUCUGUUUGAAGAGUCAAAAACCAAAACCAAAAUUUGUUCAAUUUACAUCAACCAUAAGAAAAUUAUAGGAAAGAGUGAAGCUGAUCCACCGAUACAAACUAAUACAACUGAAUCAUUAACGAAAACAUCAACGAAAUCAAAUGACUUCUCUUUAGCAAUAGGAUUGGGGACAAUAGCAUUUAUAUUGGCGUUUGCUGCAGGAUUCACUGGAUUUAGAUUCACUCCUAAGGAAGGAUUUGUUAAAAAAGCAAAGUUGAAAAUGACUGUUCCAAUGAAACCAACUCGGGAAACUAAAUAAGUCAAAGGGUGAUGAUGAAGAUUAAGAUGGUAACAAUAAAACAUUGUAUAAAAAGACAAUUUUAACUGACUACACUUCAGAACAAAACUUUUCUUACACAAACCGACUCUAAUGCUAACCACCCACCCAAAGCAUCCACCUUAAUUUUCAAUAACAUUGAGCUCAAGUGAAUGUGCAGGCCCUUCCAUGAUCUUAAAAUCCAGCUCAUUAAGUUUUGCAGUUCAUUUGGUGUUUAAAAAAUACAUGGCUAGGCUUUUUAUACAUUGGGCAAUUUACCAAUAUUCAUUCACACAAACAUAAUUCAUGCAUUUCGAUGCACGAAACAGUUGGCAUUGAUGAAAAAUAAAACUUAAAGCCACUGUUUGAUUAAUUAGGAUUUUAUUUACCACUAAUAAGAGAUGGCAAAAGAUUUCUUUAACAUGCAACAAAUGUUAAAAGGUGCAUGGACAACUUAUUGUACAACAGAAUGGACAACAUAAAUUUGAAAUCAAAAUGAAUUUAAUGACAAAUGACAAAUAAAAGUAAUAGGAACUCAACAUUUACAAAUUUUAUCUUUGAAAUGAAAGAUCAAUCGACGAUAAGUUUCAUAGUUAAUUCACUGAACAUUGAUUAGACCCGAUUUCAAUGUUGGAUCUU